CGAUAAACUUACGAUAUUACGAAAAACUUUUAUCAUGAAGUAGAUAAAUAAAUUCUGCAGGUUUAUUUCAAAAACCAAAGAGAAGACAAAUGUUUGACAUAUCUAGUUGCCUACAAUGAAAAAGGCGGAUUUUCUACCGACCAUUAUGUCAAAUACAAUCCAAAAUGGAUGAACCAAAGAUGUGUUGAACAUGAAAAUGGAGAAUAAUUCAAAGCACUGGAUCUCUUAUAAUCAAUAGAAUAACUAUAAUCAUCUUCAUAUACCGUGUGACUAUACAAUUAAUAUUCCUUCUGCAUAUUUCUUCUGCAUAUACAUACAAUAUCAUCAGCUACCCUUGUUCUCACCCUUAAUUCGCUUCUGAAAGAAUCGACAUUUACGCUACGAGACCGUUGUUCAAGAAAACAGAAUUCUCGUCAAUCGACACUCGUCCCUCAUUAUCGCCUUUUUUUUCGCUAUCUCAAUCGUCACAUCCUGCCUAUUAUUUCCAUUAUCUUUAUUACUUGAACUUAUCCAAACGGAACGUUUACGGUUUGACUAAUCUUUCUAAUUGCAUACUCAGCGUCGAUAUGUAAUUGAUCUUAUCAUUGAUUCCGUAUUAUCGGACACUCAAAAUGGCCAACAAGAAGGUUGUAAAACAGAUACUACAAGAUGUAUAAAAAUUAGACUCUUAAUUUCCUACAUUCUUUUUUACCACUCAGAAGUAAAAAUCAAAUAAAAAUUCUCUUUUUUGUAGAAUUGAAAAUAUACAAACACCUAUAAACGAUCAAAUAAACGCUUCAAUGAAAGAAAACUUCCAGCGCCUCUUCAAGAUAUGGGGGAAAUAUUUCUCUCUGUGUAUCGCUUUUCAAAGAACUUUCACGAUAUAGUGGGUAAUACUAGUGGUUACGCAAGCUGCCGAUUUUUUGUUCAACGUCGACAUAGAACCCGGACGAAAUUGUUUGCUUCUUCCUGAAGAGAAUCCGGAAGAGACUUAUAUAAGGAUAAUUAUUUUCAAUUUGGAAGCGAAGCCACAACCAUAAUUUGUAUAAUACGUGUACAUCCUCUUUAUUGGAGAUGAUAAAUUGGGUAAAGAUUUAAUAAAAUUAAAUAGUACGAGGUUGAUGCUUUAAAAGUAGGAGGAAAGAAUGACCAUGCUUGUUUUGUACCAUUACAAAGAAUUUUCAGAUAAUAGUAUGUACAUUAAAUGAAAAUUCAUAGAACUUAUUUAUAAAUAUUUUCAGUAAGACUAUGCGCUGCGUCAGUGCAAUUUAUCAUACCUGUCAUCUCAUAGCUGUGAGUUGAAGAAUAGAGUGGUAUUGAUGAGGUACAAGCUAAUCAUUUGCAUUCAUGAGAGAGCUCCUAUUCGACCACAACAAUGAUUGAGCGCAAAAGUAGUAUUUCAUAAAAACAUCUUAGAAGAUAUUUCUUAUGUUUCCAAUUAAAAGAAACACGCUAGUGAUAAGAAAUUUCAAGUUAACGAUCAAUCAACCCGUAUUUAAAAAUCUGAAAUCAACGAACUCUAUGAAAUCCAAUUCAAUUGUGACUAUUAUGAGAUUAAUUAUUAUCUCGUUGACAAUUCAAUCAAAUGCCAUCGAAGUGUCAAGAAGUUCGAGUGCUGCGAUAAAGAGUAUUGCUGAUUAUUUUCUCUUUAAUAGAAGCGAUCAUAACGAGCAAGAUUAACGAUAAUCGAUCGCUUGGCUGUUGCCCUGAACAAAUUCGAGUAAAUUGAUGUUUAAAACGCCGGAGAAAUGCUCUCUAUCGAUCGCGUACGCACUUUGAAAGUGAAAAAUAGUUACGAGGGGAAAGUGGCAACGUCAUCACUCGAGCAUUCGUCGUUGAGUUAUCCACUGGACUUCUUAAUAUACUUUAACGACCUUGGAAGACUUAUUAUCUGUAACCCCUUCAUGACGAAGAAAUUCAGUAAUUAUCUAUCAAAGAAAACCAAAGAGUCAGAAAUAAGGCAAAUCUAUUUUAGGCAUAUAUCUAUAUAUACUAGAAUGAACACCCAUCUGAUUAAGCUGCUACGAUUAACGAAAUACGAAAGAAGAUUGUAUUCCGAAACGGUUCAACGUUCGAUUCGUGACUAGAAUUUCUAUAACGACUAACGACGAAACGAUCCGACGUGCCUCACUUCUUCAACUUCGUAACACAGCAAAUUGCGUAACACGUACACACGUGUCGUCCGUGUCGUAAAAUAGUAACUACAUAUAUGUAUACCUUUGCAUUCCAACAGAAUCCACAAGAUGCUAAGUAAAUAUCUAACAAUAAAUCAAAUAAUAAAAAGAAACGAAAAAGAAAAAGCAGAAGAAAAUCUCAAUUAUAAUGAAUAAGAAAAACAAGUAUAUUUGCUAUAUCCUCGACUACAAUGUUCCAUGUUACAUGUGCAUCGAGGACACAGAAAAUGGUAAUGGUAUCCGGGAAAUUUUGCGAAAUUUUGCAUAGAACCUGCAAUUGUGGAUCUCUUUCUACGAAUCGACUGGUCAACCGCGAUUUCUCUUUUUAAGAGGGAUCAAGGAUAACCGAAGGCAACAAUCAUCAAUAGGAAAUAGUAACCACGUGUGUGUUUAAUGUUUUACGGUAGCUAUUCCCAUCUUAUCAUUUUGUUUCUUUAUUCUUAGAAAUAAGGUUCGUUCAACCAAACUGUGUACAUUAAUCUCUGUUUAUUCUACAAACUGUUCACUAUCUUACUAUGCAUAUAGGUAGCUAUAGAUACGUAUAGGUACAGAUUUAUGUCCGCUUGUCCAUAUUCUCUAAAGUAUCUUUUUCCUUUUUAUUCACUCUUCAAUCCUUUGCAGAUAUUGAAGAUACUUUAAUACAGCGUACAUAUUAUACAUACACAUAUUAAAAAUUGUAGAGAUUAUAUACACAUAUACUGAAGAACUAAAUAUUAGAGGAAAAAAAAUUGGUUUCUACGAAAAAAAAUUGUAUUGAUGCUAUUUGAACCAGAGAUCUUCAGACAUUUCUAAAUAUCAUCACUGAUCAGAAUUCUUCCAUUUCCGAGCAGCUCGUAUUGUUUUACACUUGAAAGUACUAUUCACUAAUUAAACAUCAUUCUCAAAUUUUCUAACAACUUCAUCGUCUUUCUCCAUUCUUCUUCGGAUUCUGUAUUAUCUUUCCUACGUUAUGCAAAUGAGAUCAGUCUCGACAACAAAGGCGAAUGAAAACCUGCGACCCGAGCACGGAAAGAAUAAGAAAAGAAUGUUUUGAAGGAGGGAAAACGGAAAUGAAAUUUCACCGUUGUGCGGCAGAGAUGAAUGUGUUAAUUGGUUAACAAACUAAUGUUUGUGUGGAUGACUGUGACUUUUGCUUGUAGCCUUAAGAAAUUUCGACUCACGAGAAAGAUUGUUGAGAUUAUUAUAGAGUGAAAACAUGCAUUUCGCAAUAAUAGAGUUUGAAGAAAUUCUUAGGAAAAGUCUUAAUAGUGGUAUGAUAAUAUAAUAUAUAUUGAUAUGAAUAGUAGACUGAAUAAUAAUAUAAUAAUAACAUAAUGUAUUUAAUAAAAUAAUCAUAUGACUAAAUCAAUAAUAAAGGUAACAAGGCUCAUCGUAGAUAAACGCGUAUAAAAGUGGAUCCAAAAUGCUAGUUGGGGAAAUUUUAAGAAUUCCAUCGUAUUUAUGCCGGAAACAUUUUCCCAGGAAGAAACAAAUUUCAUAAAUAAUAGAAUUUCUGAUAGGUAAUAAAUCAUCCGAUAGCUUAAAUCGACAAAUGCGUGUUUUUAUGAGAUUUCGUAUCUAUGUCCACAUUCUGGAGCGUUGACACAGAAAUCAGCCGCAAUUCCUGUUCCAUACAUCUCUAACACAUAGAUACAAGUAUUACGAGUUACAUCAAUGAUAUCGAAAUCAAGAAACUAGCGAGUUCUUCAGGUUUCUUUCUUAAAUUCUCCGUAAACUUGACCUUCGACGGGAUGGCUUGAUUUCACAAUAAUUAUUUAUAUAGCUAUAGUUGAUCUACCAAUCAUAAUAAUCAAUUGUCUCGCCCGUACAAAAUAGAAAAUCGCUAAUUUAUCAUUUUGAUUGAUUGAAGAUAUCGAAAAGAAAUAAAAAGUAAAUUAUUAUUCGUUCAACUAAUAAAAUUGAUCGAUUCUUUUAUGAAGAAAUUAAUCAGUUAAAAUUAAAAUGUUUAACAUAAAAAAAGUAUAAGACGACGUUCCAGAAAAUGUCAAGGAAAAAUAUACAGAUGUUAAACAGGAGUUAAAAAAUUACUUAAAAAGUCAGAAAACCGUAAAACCUGUUGCACAGAACUGGUACACACGGAAUAACUGUUAUUUACAUUUCGUUCGUGAAAGCGGUACUCGUCCCUAUUUUCCUCUUUUUUUUUUAUUAUCAUUAUUUUUAAAUAUUUCUGGAAACCAGCUUGAUGUCCCGAAUAGCAGUUGGAGAGUCGCGUACAAUUCGACAGAAUCGACUAACGGGAAACAAAAUAACAACAUGUAAGGCGAGGUAUUUAUACGCUUGUGACUUGCUGAUGAGCUUAGUGCGAUCACCUGAGGAGGAUGGUAAUCAUUUACAAAAUCCUUCGAGUGGAAGGAAUUAAUGGGAUAUCAUUAAUAGGAAAUCACCCCGUUCGAUUGCAGCAGAUUGGGUCACCGAAAAAUGUGGAAACCUUAAACAGCGGGUUUAAUCGGUCCCUGUAUAUCUAAUCAAUCGCUCGCUAAUGGUAGAUAAGACCAUCCUGUCGAGAUUCGUGGUAUAAACGUUCAGUCUUUAAUUGUCUGUUAUUCAAGCAACAAUGAUGAAGUUCUUGACACUCCUGCUUGUAACACUGUGCUUCGCUUCCGAAGCCCUUUCCAAAAAAGGAUUUGGUCCUGGAGAACAAGAAUGGGGAUACGUGAAAGUACGACCGACUUCGCAUAUGUUCUGGUGGCUUUAUUAUACCACCGCGAAUGUGUCAUCCUACUAUGAGAAACCGUUGAUCAUCUGGUUGCAAGGUGGACCCGGGGCAUCCUCCACAUCCUAUGGUAACUUUGAGGAACUUGGACCUCUGGACGUCAACUUGAAGCCGAGGAAUUUCACUUGGGUGAAAGAUUACAACGUUCUCUUCAUCGACAACCCAGUCGGCACGGGCUUCAGUUAUACCACUACGCUAGGAGGAUAUACGACAACGAAUGCAGAGAUCGCACACGAUCUCUUGGAAUGUAUAAAAGGUUUCUUGAAACAGCUACCGGAAUUCGCUGAUGUGCCCACAUAUAUCACCACUGAGUCUUAUGGAGGAAAAAUGGGUGCAGAAUUUGCUCUUUCAUGGUACAAGGCACAACAACAAGAAAAAAUUAAGAGUAACUUGAAGGGUGUAGCCCUUGGUGACGCCUGGAUCUCCCCCAUUGAUUCCGUGAUGACUUGGGCGCCCUUUUUACUCGCCACAGGUAUGGUAGACACUGACGGCUAUGAGAAGAUCAACAAAGCAGCUCUACGAACAAAAGAGGCCGUAGAUAGCAAAAGAUGGACAAACGCAACCAAGCUGUGGAGCUAUACCGAAGGAGUGAUUGGUGAAGUUACUAAUAAUAUCGAUUUCUAUAACAUUCUAACGAAAAUAGAACCCGAUAGCAAUCAACUCUCCCUUACGCAAAGGCUUGUGUCAGAACCAACAUUUGCUCAAGAAUAUUCCAUCUUCAGCCAGGAAUCCUUAAGCAAGCUGAUGAACGGCCCUGUAAAAAAAAGCCUUAAUCUACCUUCUAAUCAUAGCACCCAAUCCAGUCUGGUGUUCAGCAAAUUAAGAGAAGAUUUCAUGAAGCCUGUUAUCCAUAUAGUGGAAAGUUUGUUGAACGAAACUAAACUAAAGGUUGUGGUAAUCAGUGGUCAUAUGGACCUCAUCGUUGACACUCCAGGCACUCUACGCUGGGUUGAAAAGAUGCAGUGGAAAGACGCUAAUUCCUGGCACAGGUCCGACAGAGCUCCCUUGGUAGUAGAGAACAUCAUCGAAGGCUAUGUAAAGUCUUAUGGCAAUUUCUCUAUGUACUGGGUCAACAGAGCCGGACACAUGGUAAAUAAGAAAUCUAACCAUUCAGGUUGUUUCAUAACUUGUCAUUCGUACCCUCUGUUUAUCAUUGAAGUUAGUCCCACAUGUUAUGAAACAUCCUUUAUAACUGAUUAUUCUAUAUAAAUAUAAUUAUUUCAUAUAAAAAUGUUAUAUAAAAAUUACUUCAUCAUGCAGGUACCAAAGGAUAAUCCAGCAGCAAUGGCAUGGAUAUUAAAGGACUUUACAAAAUAACAAGCAAAUCAUUUGAAAAGGCUGAUUGCAUGAAAUGGAACCCAACAUUGAAUGAAUGAAAAUUAGGACGAACUAAAUAAAUUAAGACAGUUACAGAAA